GCCCUAAAAAUGAAGGUUUGAAACAGAUACCACCUUCCACAGCAGUACUCUCCACACCAGUACCUCCAUCACACUCUCCAAUGCCGAUGCCACCUCCUCCACCAGCCUCUCAUCCAUCCCUGACGACCCCAGCAGCUCCCAGCCUGCCUCCCAGAAACAUCAAGCUCAGCUCUGAAACAAUAAGUCCAGACAAUGAAGAAAACUAUGAUGACAUUGAAUUUGUUUCACAGGGUAAGAUGCAUACAUUUAAAAAGAGUGGAGGCCAAGAAAGUGAUGGAGAGAUGUAUGAAGACAUAAAUGAUAUCAGAACACCAAGGGGAAAAGAGAAGAAGCGGGACAAGGACGAAAAGAGAAGAAUGGACCAAGAGAAGAAAGAACAAAAGGAAAAAGAAAAGAAAGAACAGGAAAUAAGGAAGAAAUUCAAAUUAACGGGACCCAUCCAAGUCCUUCAUCAGGCACGAGCUUGUGUUGACCACAAGGGAGGGAAGAAUGAGCUGACCAUCAAACAGGGGGAUGAGAUUGAAAUCAUUCGCCUCACAGACAACCCAGAGGGAAAGUGGCUGGGCAGGAUAAAAGGAUGUUAUGGGUACAUUAAAACAACCAUGGUGGAGAUUGAUUAUGAUUCUUUAAGAAGAAAGCAACAACAAUCUACCAGAGCUGCUGCAAAACAUCCAGAGAGUGACCAAGAGGUGUACGAUGAUGUUGGAGAGCAGGACAGUAUUAGCAGUCCGAGUGGUGAACAAAGUGGAGCUGGAAAGAUGUUCCCACCUCCUUCUGAUCAAGAAAUUUAUGAUGGGAUUGAUGAUGAAGACACUUUAACUAGGUCUGUAUCACAGGAUGAAGAUAAGAAUGAUAUCUGGUCAUGGGGAAUCUUGAAGAGGCUAAAGGUCAAAGAUGACAAAAAGAAAAGUGUACGAGAAAAAACAACCAAAGUCAAUGGGGCAGAAGAUAAUGGAGAUUUAUUCAUGUCUUCUUCAACAAAGCAGUUUGGAAAAGAUUGUGGAGACAAUGAUGUUUAUGAUGAUGUAGAUUCCUCAGACUUCCCUCCUCCACCGCCUGAACUCAAUUCAUCAAAAUCAGCAAGCCUUGGAAAACGUAAAUCAGAUGAAAAAGAUGCACAAAACCUUAAAAAGAUGGAAAAAGAAGAGAAAGAGUUCAGAAAAAAGUUCAAAUUUGAAGGUGAAAUUAAAGUUCUGUACUCUACCACCACAGUCCAGAAUUUGUCUCAGAGACGAUGGGGAUCUAAAGACUUACAGGUUAAACCAGGGGAACCUCUUGAAAUUAUAGAGAGUACAGAUGAUACCAAAGUCCUGUGCAGGAAUGAAGAAGGAAAAUAUGGCUAUGUUCUGAGAAGCAACUUAGUUCAGAAUGAUGGAGAGAUUUACGAUGAUAUUGGUGAUGAUUGCAUCUAUGACAAUGACUGA